AUGGCCUUCUCUUAUGUAUCAGAUUUCUCAACUUCCAGUGGCAUCGGCAUAGCGGCCUUCUGCUUACUAUCAUCAUGGUGGUUCAUCACAACCUUUCUCGCAUGGUAUCGCCUCCGCCACGUCCCAGGCCCCUGGUUCGCAGGACUCAGCUACAUAUGGAUCGGCCGGACUGCCUACAGUGGCAAACAGCAUCACGUAUUCGUCGCUCUCGACGAGAAAUACGGCUCACUCGUCAGAAUCGGGCCAGAGGUUCUGCUCACUUCAGAUGUUGAGCUUGUCAAACGCAUGUCGGCGACAAAGAGCUCUUAUGGCAAGUCCUCUUGGGUUGAUGGCGUGCGUUUCAAUCCGUAUCACGAGACUAUGUUUGCGGUGAGAGAUCCACGACAGCAUGAUCGUGCGAAAGCAAGGCUUGCGCCCGCGUAUAGUGGUCGUGACACGCCUAAUCUCGAGGGCGCUGUCGAUCAGCAGGUCAAUAACCUCAUAUCCUUGAUUCGCCGCCGAUAUCUCUCAGAGCCUGCGGCUGGUGUCUUUCGUACACUGCCACUCCUCAACGUCUUGUCGUACUUCACCCUUGAUGUCAUUUCCAAAGUGGCGCUUGGCACAGAGUUUGGUUGCUGCACUUCUGACUCGGAUCCGUAUAGAUUCUAUGAAGGGUUGGAUGAGCACAUGCCUUUGAUGGCGCUGACGAGUGAUGUUCCGUGGAUCCGAGCCAUCAUGUACUCAACCACAUUCCUUAAGUACUUUGGGCCACGCGAGACUGAUGAUCACGGAAUUGGCCCACUGAUGAAGGUUACGAAUGAUAAUGUCCGCCAGCGUUACAGUCAAGAUCAAACAGAAAAGACAGAUAUGCUAAGCUCUUUCAAAGUCCACGGGCUAUCAGAAGGUAACGCCCAAUCUGAGACACUCUUCAUGUUUGUCGCAGGUUCAGACACCACAGCAUCCGCAAUCCGGAUGACCCUCUUCUACCUCAUGUCAUCUCCCCGCGUUUACCGUAAGCUCAAGGAAGAAAUUCGAGAUGCUAUACGUGAUGGAAGAGCGUCCAAUCCAAUUACUGCUGCUCAAGCACGCGAGUUGCCUUAUCUACAAGCAGUCAUUUAUGAAGGCCUUCGCAUGCGCCCAGUGACAACAGGACAGCAAGCCAAAGAGGUGCCAGCUGGAGGAGACACCAUAAACGGGUACUUCAUCCCCGGUGGCACAUCCAUCGCCAUCAACUUCUCGGCUAUUCUAGGUUCAAAAGCCCUCUUUGGCCCAGACGCCGAUGUUUUCCGACCAGAGCGUUUCAUCGGCCUUUCAGCCUCCGAUCUCGCUGAGAUGCGCCGCAACGUUGAGAUGAACUUUGGUCAUGGCCGAUGGAUGUGUGCCGGAAAACCAUUGGCGUUUAUGGAGCUGCAAAAAGUGUACUUUGAGUUGUUACGCGCAUUUGACUUUCAACUUACAGAACCUCUGAGUCCGAUGCGAUCCGAGAGCUAUGCCUUGUUUCGCGAUUUUGGGCUCAAGGUGCGUGCUACAGCGGCAGAAGACAUGGAACAAUUAUCGGAGUAA